UAAUGCCAAAAAUUAUUUAUUUAAUUAUUUUAUUUUCUAUAAUUCUAAAAAUCGCAAUUAAUAAACAAUUGGAUGAAUAUGAUUUUGGAUGCAUUAAAUUAUUUGUUAAUCCAAAUUCUGCUACUUUAGAAGAGAAGAUGACUUUAGCCUCAAAUAAUCAAACAAAAUUGAGAAGAAUAAUGGUUAUUAGAAAGAAUGGAUACGGAUUUAUUUCUUCAACUGGGUAA